AUGGGAGAUUUCAUUGAGAGACGUAUCUGUACUGAUAUGAAUGUCACUGUGAAUGCUGCCAACACAAUAGCAAGGAGGAUGAAUAUAUCACAUUUUAUGAUUUUCGGAGACGAUCAGCGAUUUAUGACUAACAUGUCGCAUUCCAUUGUGAUGAAUGGCGGGUGGCCAAAUGAAACAGUAGCCAUCUCAACAUAUGAGGAAUCUUUGGAUCUGUUUUUGGCCUCUCAAAUAUGUAGUUCAUUCCUAAUUACUGCGGCCACAUCAACUUUUGGUUGGUGGCUUGCUUUUUUCGUGCAGAACCAAAAUGCAGUGUACUACUUGAACGACACUAGGAGGCACGCUGACAAGGUUCCCAGCAAGGAAUUGUUUCUGAAGUCGUGGCAGAUGUACAUCGAUGAUGACGAUGAAAGCGAGCAACCACAUUGUUGAUAUGAUUGUGCUACCUCAUUUUUCAGCAAUUUUUGCAAAUUUAUUUUUGAUCUAUACAGUUAGCGGCAAUGUGUUCACAAUUUAGUAGUAGAAUCCCAUAUUAGUGAAAUAUAUACAUGUUGAAAUUUCUCUUUGUUCCUCUUCUCCCUUUGUUUGU